CCACAAGACAAAUCUGUUACUAAUGUAGGCCUGUCAGGGAGGGGCAGGGGCCGUCCGAAAGGAUCUGGAAGUACCUCAAAAGGUUCAGGGAAAAAUCGAGGCCGCAAGUCUACUGCUGGCAGUGCUGCAGCAAUGGCAGGAGCCAGGGCUGGUGCAGCAGCAGCUUCAGCUGCUGCAUAUGCUGCAUACGGGUACAGUGUAUCAAAAGGUAUGACAGGAAGUGGCCCUGGGCAGUCUCCCCUCUCUUGGCCAACGAGCACUGCCACCUUUGGAAUGAUGAGCACCUCCCCCUUGAGCUCCCCUCAUAGCAUGUCGAACAGUGUCCCAGGAACACCCCAGACUCCAACUGAUACGAGCACACCUUCACCGUCCCCCAGCAAGAAGGCCAGCCGAGGCCUGGUUCAGCCCCCAGUUGUUGGGGGCCGGUAACCAUGAAAGUACUGGUGUGGAUUGGGGAAGGGAAAGGCUGCAGUGAGUGGACAGGGGAGGGAGGGCAGGUCGCAAGAUUUUGAUGUUUAAGGGUUCAGAGUUGUUUUAACAGCCGAAGUGAAAUCAUGGAGAAGCCUUUUUCCCUCUGAAUGACGUGUACAUAAUGUUUACCAGGAGAGCACAGAAUCCUUGUUUGUUUCUUUUUGAAUGUGCUAUUUUUUUAUAGAUGAAUUUGUAAAUAUGUACAAAAAAAAGUGAGAAAUCAAACAAACUGCUAUCUUUUACUAACCUGACAGAGACUGGUGAGAUUCCAGCCAAGUGAUGAAUAGUAAUUUUAUGGAGAGAUUGUAUGCGUGUGAAUUUUUACUAGUUUCCAGUGCUGAGAGGUAAACAUUCUGAAGUCCUUGUGUUUUAAUUUGCAGAGGCGGAAGCUAUUUCCCCUUGAGAACAGAAGCAGCAUUCAGCUUCCUGUGCCUUCCUCUAAGCCUCCUCCUUCCUCAUACCACUGUUAUGUUUGCAUCAGUCAGCUACCAGUGACUGCAAGUGGCACCUGCUUAAGAGCCGCAGUGACCCCUGGACUGGCCAGGACAAGCCUCCAAGUAUAAGUCCCGGUCUGCUGACUGUUGGCAGUCAGUGCACAUCGAAGCUUGUGAACUGUAGCAUCCAGUCUGCAUUCCCACUCCCAUUGUUACUCAUGUAAAGACUUUGGCAGUCAGUUAAUGUUAGAAAAAAGUCACAUUUACUGUUGGAAAUUCUCAGCAGAAUUGUCAGCCAACGGGAGGAAGAGAGCAGAUGCUCGCUUCUUUCUGUGUCAGAAACUGACAGACCUACUAUGCAUUUCCAGCUCCUCUUCAGUGUGAAUAGAAAGUGGCCAUGUCGUGACCCGAUCUGAAACUCUCCAGCAGUGGUGGAAGCUGUGACUAGUUCAGGAUAAUUCCUCAAGUAGCAGAGUGUUAUUGCUGUGUUACUGCAGAUACCGACACAGUCCAACAAAUAUUAAUAUUCAGAAAUCACAUGGGAAAGGAAGGGGCAUCUGCCGGAUACACUUUGUAAUCCCUGUUCCUAGCACAGUUAAUGGCACCAGCAUGUGAUAGCUGCUUGAAAUCUAAAGGAUAUAAUGAUCUAGAAACGUACACAGAACAUUAACAUUCCUUCCAUGUGAAAUUUUAUGGAGGAUAUUGCAUGGCUAAGGCUGUACAACUGUUUGAUAAUCCAGCAUGUUAUGUACUGGAUUUGGAUUGAAUUCUGCACUUCAUCCCAAAGUUCCAAAUCUCUCCUAUGUUGCCAUUAAUAGGUGCUGAAAAGAGCCCAGAGGUGGGACAAUAAUACACUUCCACUCUAUUGUAUAGUUCUGGUUAUGUACAAACAGUACUUUGUCAUUGAGAAUGUAUAAACCACAAGUUCCUCUGCAGAAUUCAGACUAAAUUUAACAUGCUAAUCGUUGCAGUAGAGUAAUAAAUGUGGUCCCAGCUGCAAGUUAGCUGUUUCUCCUCAUGUUGCCCACUUUCUCACCCCACCCCAAUGUCUGUCCCUCUCCACUCCUAUUGCGCACCCUGUAACCUUCUCUCACUGCGCUACCUAUCUCUCUCUCUUCCUCCCCCCACUAACCCCUUCCUCUUCCUGUGUCGGUGUCUCUUUCUUCCCCAUCUGACCCAUUUUAGUCUUUCUCUUUUCUCUCCCUCCUCUAUCUCUCUCUCUUCACCACCCACCCCCCACCAUGCCCCGAUACUAUGUACCUUCUCUCUGUCUCUUUCUCCCACUCACCCCCUCUCUCUUUCUCCCUUCUGCUACCGCUUUCUCCUCUUGUCUGUCUGUUUUUCUCUUUUUCCACCCCCUCCCCUACAUCUCUUGGCCUUGUCUCAAUCUCCUCUUUCUUUCCUAUUCCCUCUUGUUCAGUGUAUCAUCCAUCCUGUUACCCACCCUGUGCUUGUUUGUCAAUUUAUUUGAGAUAUGGAGCAUUGAGUCACAGAAUAACCUUCCUGAGAGCUGCCUUCUGUUUAACGUUCAGCCAGAACCCUGGGAGGGGCUACUGCACCCCAUUUGGGUGGACCAAAACACAACAAAGGAAGGUCAAGAAAUUGGAGGCUAGAUUUUGAAAUCAAUAGCCAAUAUAUUGUAAAGUGGGAAAUAUACAGUAUUUUAAGCAAUGAGAACAGAUGAAGUCCUUUAACAUUCUAAAUUAUAUCAAGGUUAAAAUCCAUAGUUUAGUAUCUGCAAUUAUUACUGCUCUUCAGUUGAACCCACUGUCCCUUUCUUGUGUUGACAGGCUUGGUGUUGCCUUACAUCUCUGAUUCACCGGCUGCUUAGUUUUUCCAUCCAGUGGAAUGGAUCUGUUGAAAGACUCCAUGUAUAAUUUAGGAGACAUUGUUCUACUUGUAUGAGAGACAGUGUGAACAACCUCUUUCUUUCUCUCUCUCUCUCUCUCUCUCUCUCUCUCUCUCUCUCUCUCUCUCUCUCUCUUCCCCC